AAACGUAAAGGACACACGUGUGAAGUUUGUGGAAAGAAUUUCAGACAGAAACCAGUUUUAAAAACUCAUAUGAAAAUUCAUGCCGAUACCAAAGAACAUUAUUGUCCUGAGUGUGGACGAGGUUUUACUUAUAAAGCAAACAUGGAUGUGCACAUGCGUGUGCAUUCAGGAGAGAAACCUCACGAAUGUUGUCAUUGUGGAAAGAGAUUCAGCCAAUCAAAUUCUUUAAAAUAUCAUCUAUCGACACAUACUGGAUAUAAACCUUUUAUUUGCCCAGUUUGUAAUAAGACGUUUGUUACGAAAGGUAAUCUACGUGAUCACAUGAUCACCCAUUCCUCGGACAAACCAUUUAAAUGUGAUGUUUGUGGGCAUGAUUUCGCUCGUAAAGUUUCUCUUAAUACUCAUUAUAGAUCUCAUUUUAGCCCUCAAUCAGUGAAGUGUAGAUAUUGUAAAGAGACGUUUCUGAGUAAUUCUGCUUUAGCGUAUCAU